AUGUGGAAGCUUCGCUUGGAAAGCACGUUCGCGGAAGCGGUGCAAAGCCCAAUGAUUACUCUGAAGAAACGGCCCUUAAUUAGCAAACCAGUGCUGCCGAAGUCACAAAGCGAUUCGGAAAGUGAUGGCGACGAAAGUAGGGAUUCUGCUUUGCCAAUUGCCCCCAAAGGGUUCAAAAUUCCUUGGAGGAAAGAAAAGUCCAAACAGAAGUCGACCGACUUCUUCGUCCUGGAUACCGAUGGUGCCGAAGAAACCACAACUGACUCUGUUCCCGGUGUAUCCGAAGCUAAAGAUAAUGACGGUGAUUCCGUAGCUCCGGUUGUGAUCGACGAAAGAGUUCAGAAACUGCUGGACAAAGCAGUAUGUGGACCAUCUUUUGAGAAGAAUUAUGCUGAAACCGCCAAUCUUAUCGGGAGGAGAGCAGCAAAGCGACUGAGAAAGAUUGAACGUGAAAAAACCAAGGGCCAUGAUUGGUUCGACCUUCCCGCAACCGAACUUACUGAAGAAGCAAAGGCUGAUCUGGAACUCCUACAGAUGCGUUCCGCAAUAGAUCCUCUCGCGUUCUAUCGGAGAACUGACCGCAACGUUCUUCCCAAGUACUUCCAGGUUGGCCAUGUUGUCGAUGCACCAGAAGAUUAUUAUAGCAGUCGCAUGACAAAGAAAGAAAGGAAGAAAACGAUGUUGGAUGAACUGUUAUAUGACCAGCAAUUCACUCAGUCAAAGCGAGAAAAAUUCAAACGUAUCCAAGAACGAGAGAAGAAGAAACGACGAGGAGCUUUCCAACACAUUGGACAUGGAAAGAAAAGGAAAUCGGAGCCUGUAGGGAAAAACAGGAAGGGAAAGUCGAAGAGAUAACAGUUAUGCCAAAAAAUUGAAUACAUCGGUACAUAUUAUUGUUGUCUGUUUGCUGUUGUUGUUGUUAUUGUUUUGUUUUUGAUCUACUGUUGAUAGGAAAACAAAAUAUCGUGGUUUGAACUAUUGGGAUGAAUGAUUAGAACCGUGAAUUGGCUGGCAG